AUGGGGUCCGCAAGCGAGAGCGAAGAGGAAGUCGACGCAAAAACAAUCUUGGCAAUCCGCACCAGCGCUAAACGUCGCCACACCCGUCAAGCAAACCACCUCAAGACGUUGGUCGACGGAGGAGGAACGGCAGAUGACGUGAACGUAGCUUUAGCGGUACUCGAAGAAGCUUACAGCGAGGUGGUGCGAGUGAAUGCCAAAUACAAGCAAGCAGAUAAGGGCAAGGAGAAAGACGCUAUUGAAUGGGAAGCUGAAAUCAACACCUUUUAUAUGGGAUGUAGAAAGGCAGCGGAAGAAUAUUCGAAUAAGGAGAAGGAGAAGUUGGACGCGGCCCCUAACGCAAAAAAGAGAAGACUAGAAUUGGAGUUUGAGCGAGAGCAAGCGAAGCUCGAUGAGCAACGUAAACUGGAGGACAUUCGACAACAGAGUCAACGAGAACAAGAGGACCUCACUCUACAGAUCGAAUACCAGCGUCAAUUGGAGGGCCUAAAAUCGCCGGGAAAAUCGAGUUUCAAGCCAAGGUUUACUUCCUCCAUAAAUGACUCGGAUGACGAGAAAAGACCAAGAGGACCAUGGCCAAAAUUAUCCAUUACACCCUUCAACGGAGAUUCCCGAACAUGGCCUGAUUUCGAACUCUCAUUCGGCGCUCUCAUCAACAACACCCGAAUGCCAGAAGAUAUGAAGCUACUAGCCCUUCGUGAAAAUCUGGAACCGGACGUCCGAAGGAGAGUAGCCAAUUUAUUUGUUGCCUCGGCUAAUUACCAGACGUCGUGGAAGGCCCUAACUGAUCGAUAUGGUAAUCGCCAAGCCAUCAUGCAUGCCCACGUCCAAGAAUUAUUAGCUCUUCAGCCAUUCUCGUCGGGAGAUCUAAAAUCACUGGUCAACAUGGCGGCCUUAGUAAAAGAUGCAGUUACUAGUGUGAAUCAAGAAGAAGGCCAAUCAUACUCAAACAUCGUGAGCCAAUUGAUUAGAGUCCUGCCAAGCGAGCUUCAAAGAGAAUGGGGAAGGUUCGCCUACCCACUACGACCAAGAGUGCCAGGCCUUGCCGAUUUUGACAAAUGGAUAGAAGGUAUUGUAGGAGCAGAAGAAUUUUUGGGCGCAUCAGCAUCGCGCAUCACGCAAAAAUCGCCGCAACCCCCAGCCAAGAUGGUAAAAUUUGGCCCGACGGUGAGAAUGGCGACUAUUCAAAAUCCAACAAAUGAAGACAACACUUGCACGGUGUGCCACGCCAAUCCAGGGCAUCCUCUAGCAUUCUGCCAGACGUUCAUCGACUUCUCACCAACCCAAAGAGCGGAAGCAGUCGCGAAAGGAAAGCAUUGUUUUAGAUGCCUUGGACGGAAACACUUCUCAUCCGCAUGCAAAAAGUCGACAAAAUGCACCGUAACGGACUGCUCCCAGUUUCAUCACCCGCUCCUUCAUGGAUCGGGACGAGUUUUCCCGCGUCGGUCAGGUAACGCAGUAGCCCUUAUCGAGCGGUUGUAUAUUAAUUUUCCAGUUUUGGUCGCAAUCGUUCCGAUAUGGGUCAUCGUUCAUAAUGGCGCGUUUCGUACCUUGGGGAUGUUAGAUCCAGGAAGUGAAAUAACUCUGAUGCGAAAAGACUUUGCUGAGAAUAUUGGAGUGUCAGGACAACCCGACGCCCUCCAUCUGGGAUCGUGCCUUGACUCGCAACUCAUCCAGACGCAGUUAAUAAAAUUUGAUAUUUCGUCAAUCGAUAAAAGAAACAAAUUCCAUGUGGAAGAAGCUAUCGUGGUGCCGUCAAUUAAAGGGUCAGAUAGGAGGAUCAACUGGCCAAAGGAGAAGCUUAGGUGGGACCAUCUCGCUGACUUAGAUUUACCAGAGAUAGAUUCAGGCAAGGUCGACGUGUUGAUUGGGCAGGACGUGGAGGAUGCGCACCGCCAACUUGCCACCAGAAAGUCUCCAAACAGGAAAGAACCGACAGGUAAACUCACGCCAUUCGGAUGGACUGUAAUCGGUAGGAUACCCGCUUCCAUUUUAAAGGGGCCCAGUAAGAAGAAUUUAUCCUGCCACUCAACCGGAGUAGAAAAUCCAAGCGACGCAGACUUGGUUACAGUAGUGCAAAAUUUCUACGCCACCGAAACGUUUGGAACAUCAACAGCGCCGCUAAAGAUGUCAGUAGAAGAUACCAUGGCUUUCGAGAUGCUGGCUUCAUCCAUAAGAAAUGUGGGCUCGCGAUUCGAACUUGGCCUACCGUGGAAAAUUCCAAGAAAGGAACUUCCCAACAAUCGAACAGGGGCGCUACAACGCUUUAUGUCAGUGGAAAAACGACUGUUAAAAGACCCGAAAAUAGCUGAACGAUAUGUGACCGCGAUCGAGAAAUAUGUGUUUGAUGGCCACGCCCGGUUAUUAGCAACAUCAGAGCUGGGAGGCGCCAAAGGAAGAGUGUGGUACUUACCCCACCACUACGUCAUCAACCCGAAUAAGCCAAACAAGAUCAGGGUAGUGUUCGAUGGAGCAGCAAAAUUUCAAGAUACGUCGUUAAAUGAUCACUUACUACGUGGACCAGUGCUAUUGGCGAGCUUAGUGGGCAUCCUAAUCCGAUCGCGAGAGGCACCGGUGGCGGUGGCAGGGGAUAUCGAGGCCAUGUACAACCAAGUAAGAGUUCACCCAGACGACCAGUCAGCACAACGUUUCCUUUGGCGGCGCCCAGGGAGUGGUGAGGAGCCAAAAGUGUUUCAGAUGUUAGUGCAAGUAUUCGGACUCGUGUCAUCACCCACAUCAUGCCUAUACGCGCUGCAGUACGCAGCCGAGGCCUACGAAAAAUACCCCGAGGUGACGGACAUCGUUAAAACCAGUUUUUAUGUCGAUAAUUUCAUCGACUCAUUCGAGACUGAAGACGGAGCCAUCGAAACAGUUAAGCGCAUCACGGAAACGCUCAAGGCCGGAGGUUUUAGAUUGAAUCAAUGGGUGUCAUCGUCGCGUCUUGUGCUCGCAUCAAUACCGGAGAGCGAAAGAGUUCACUCAUCAUUGAAUUUAGACCUGGAUGAGCUCCCAGUCGAGCGAUCGCUAGGUAUGAUGUGGAAUUGUCAAUUGGAUCGAUUUCAAUUCACGACGCUACAACCAGUGGCGGUUAAAACAAAACGAGAAAUGUUGGCAGCAAUCGCCAAGAUAUUUGACCCGCUAGGUUUUUUGUUACCUGUUACCACCUAUGCCAAAGUAUUAUUUCAGAAGGUAUGGAAAACGACGCAGCCGAGCAGAACUUCCCUUCCCAAAGAAGAACCGUUGAAAUGGGACGACCAGCUACCCGAGCACAUCAUCCACAGCUGGGAAAAAUGGCGAGCGGAGCUGCCAUUUGUAGGAGACCUGACAGUGCCAAGGUGCUUUCGCGAUCACCGAUUCCAAAAGGAGAAAACAAAUUUUGAUCUGCAUGUGUGUUGUGACGCAUCGGCAGUGGCAUUUGGAGCCGUUUGCUACAUCAGAAUGGAAAGCGGAACCGAAAUUGAUGUUAAAUUUGUUUUUGCCAAAUCUAGGGUGGCGCCUAUAAAAGGCUUGUCGAUUCCACGACUCGAACUGCAAGCGGCAGUUUUAGCAAGCCGGAUCGCAUCCAUGGCGCGCAAGGAACUACGACUGCCCAUCCGUUCCGUCCGGUUUUGGUCCGAUUCCGAAAUAGUAUUAAAAUGGCUGGCGUCAGAAAAUCGGCGAUACUCAUCAUUCGUUCAUCACCGAGUAAACGAAGUGACGGAGUCUUCAAGUAGUGAUGAUUGGAGUUUCAUAGGCGGCCUCGACAAUCCAGCAGAUGACUGCAGCCGCGGCCUACGACCAACCCAACUGUACAACCACCAUCGCUGGUUUGAAGGGCCACCGUUCCUAAAAGAGCCGAUGGAAAACUGGCCACAGUAUCACGACCGCCAGGAGCCGAAAACGGAAGAUUUGGAAUUAAUUAAAGAAAAGUUUGUUGGCUCAACAGAGGUUACCCCGACCGACGAAAUCAGCGAUUUAUUUAGCACAAAAUCAAGCUUGGCCGACUUAAUUGAUGCGGUGGUCAACAUCACAAGACGGAUAAGCCCGACAACUGAUACAAACGCACCAGUAGCAGUGGAAGAAAAAAAAGGUGCCCUAAAAAUAGCCAUUAAAAAGGCGCAGGAAUUAUGUUUUGCCCCAGAAGUGAAAUCGCUGCAAGCCGGGCGGUUGUUGAAGAGGACCUCCAAUUUAUUAAAGUUAACACCCUUCCUAGACGGAGACGGAAUCGUUAGAGUGGGCGGAAGAAUAGAGAAUGCCUACGAACCCUAUAACGCUCGCCAUCCUAUAGUGCUGGAUCCUGACCACCGGCUUACCACCUGGCUCAUCAUGGAAGCUCAUAGCGGCACAGCUCACGCUGGAGUGGAACGAACCUUAGCUGAGGUUAGGACGGCCUACUGGCCAUUAAAGGGCAGAAGAGCCAUACGACGGGUCGUCAAGAAAUGCAUCCAGUGUAAAAUGCAACGCGCGCGGCCAGCCCCACCGAUGAUGGCAAAAUUACCUAAACCGAGAGUGGAACCUUUUCAACCGGCCUUCACAAAUAUCGGAUUAGAUUUUUUUGGCCCGUUCACAGUCGUCAUCGGAAGAAGAAGAGAAAAGCGGUGGGCCUGUUUGUUUACCUGCCUGGCAACGCGAGCCGUCCACCUAGAGAUGGUCUACCGAAUGGAUGCCGAUUCGUUUAUAAUGGCUUUUAUUAGGUUUUCUCGCAGUCGCGGAAUCACGCCAGCGACGGCGUACAGCGACAAUGGAACUAACAUCACCGCCGGAGAGAAAGAGCUGAGAACUGCCUUUGAUAACCUCAUCAGCGACCCCAGCCUGCCGAAGAAACUAGCUGAGAAAAGAACGCAGUGGCAUUUUUCACCUCCCGCAGCUCCGCAUUUUGGCGGCGUGUGGGAACGCCUAGUACAAGCGAGCAAACGAGCCAUAAAGGCCGUCUUAAAUGAGCGUACGGUGUCCGACGAGGUGCUGGUGACCGUGUUCGUCGAGGUCACGGCAUUGCUGAAUGGCCGUCCACUUACAAACGUGAGCACCGAUCCAACCGACGCCAACCCAUUGACGCCAAACCAUUUCCUUCAUCAACCUCAUCAAUAUGUACCGCCAGACGACCACAGCACCUUUGAAGACAACGCAAGAAGGCGCUGGAGAUAUGCGCAAUUCAUCGUGGAGCAAUAUUGGAAGAGAUGGAUGAGGGAGUACGUCCCUACCCUAAUUGAGAGAAAGAAAUGGUUCAUGCCGAAUCGAAAUGCGGAAGUGGGGGAUCGAGUACUCGUGAUUGACGAAAACACUAGGAGGGGAGAAUGGCCAGUCGGGACUGUAGUGAAGGUGUACCCGGACGGCGAAGGGAUCGUCCGGCAUGUCACUGUGAAAACGGAGUCCAACGAGUAUAAACGCCCGGUAACAAAACUUUGUUUAAUUUCAGAAGGAUCAAAAGACGCCUAA